AUGGAACUCAGUGCCCAGUACCUACGGGAAAAACUGCAGUGGGACCUGGAGGCCGAGCACGUGGAAGUGGAGGACACAACUUCUAAUCAUUCCGUGUCCAGCUUCCGAGUCCUUGUAGUGUCAUCCAAGUUCGAGGGGAAGCCGCUGCUUCAGAGACACUGGCUGGUGGUGAACACGUGCCUAGUGGAAGAACUCCUGCACAUCCAUGCCUUUGAGCAGAAAACCCUGACCCCAGAACAGUGGGCCUGUGAGCAGCAGAAAUGA